UGUAAGGCAUGACCGGAAGGUGUAUGCGCAGUCUCCCUGUUUGAGCUUGACACCUGUUCUGCUAACACCUGAUCAACAGACGAGACAGAUGAUAAACAAGUGUCGGGACAGAUUAUUUCGCACAGAAUCCGAGUGAAUAUUCGUCCCCUGAGGCUCGCUGACCUCCCCGCAGUCCCUAUGAGAGACACGGCAUGGCAGAGAGACAGGACAAUGAGGUGGAGGAGGCUGACCAGAUCUACCUGCUGAUGAAGGAGGAGUAUCGCAUCUCUAGGAAUGUGCGCCUGGCGUGGUUCCUUGGUAAACUCAACCAAGUCAUCUGGCCAGCCUCGAAGCCUGAACUGUUGAACUCAGAGAAUGAAUUGGACUUACUGAGCAUCUUACCUAAAGGAUGGCAGUCGGAUUUCUCCCCCACCAUGUACCCCUACAUGUUGAUGCCGUCCACUCGGGCCACUUUCCUGGCCCGGAGGUACCGCUUCAUCAUCGAACUGGACCUCAGCCCCUCCACAGGGAUAGUGGACGACAGCACAGGAGAGAUGAUCUUCGAUGAGGUGUUCCACGCCUUGUCAAGGUGCUUGGCUGGUCUGGCUCAACCAUUUCAAGUCCCUGGAACUGAUCAGUUUUUCAAGCCUAAGAUCUUCGUCACCAUCUUGGCGUAUUCGUCAAUUAUUGGCCUCACCUCCCAUCAGGUUUUGGUACAGGGCUGUCAGCUCGAUAGAACAGACCUCGAUGAGUUCCUGCAUCACAUCUAUCAGCAGCUCAGAGCAGUGGAGAGCAACAUCGCACAAGUCCUCCAUCAGCAGCACGAACAGUCGGUGGAGCCAGUCCAAAGCUCAGGUCUUCAUAGCAACACCCUGGAUGACCAGCCCCACAGAAAACAGGGCAUUUCCAUGGUGUCAGCUGACAUGGGUCUCGUCAGCAUGGUGCGCCAAGGCAUCCUGGCCCUUCAGUUGCUGCCCCCAAACUCCAGUGCAGGUAUCAUUAUAAUUACAGAUGGAGUGACGAGUGUCCCUGAUGUAGCCGUGUGUGAAACCCUGUUGAACCAGCUCAGGAGUGGAACUAUCGCCUGCUCCUUUGUGCAGGUUGGCGGUGCGUACUCCUACGACUGCAGCUUUGGCUACAUCCCCAACGUAGAACUGAUGAAGUUCAUCUCAUUAGCCACCUUUGGUUCAUACCUGCCCAGCUGUCCUGAAGUGGACCUGAACAGUCAGGAGAUGAAUGCCUACCAUAAGGCCUUCUUAACAUAUUCCUUCCUCAAGACCCCCGAGUCUAUGAACUCAGAGUACUUCUGUGUUUCUCAGCACAAACUGUUCAACGAGCACCUGGUGUCAGCCAGCGGUAACCCCGCCCUGGUCAUGAGGAGGAAGAAGCACACGGAGAAAGAAGUCCACGCUCAUUUAAUCAGCGUGGUGUCUGUGCGACUCAGAGAGGGCUACACCAUCAGAGAGAUCAGCCUCACCAAAGGUGGGACUCAGCUGGAGGUGAAACUGGUGCUGCUGUGGAAACACAACAUGCACAUCGAGUACUUGGCUGCCGCCUCCUGGCCGCUGGACCCUGCCAAGAGAACCACCAGGGUGGAGGUGACAAUGGAGGGAAGCUACGACAUCCUACACGACAUUAGCUGUACUCAGAGGAAACCCAUCACCAGCCCAUACCGCACCUCCGUCAUCCGACGCUUCUGGAACACGCUGCAGAGCAUCAACCAGACUGAUCAGAUGUUGGUGCACCUGCAGUCUUUCAAUUCAAUCCCUGAGAACUACAUGAUUCCUGAGAGCACCAAAAACGGAGUUCCUCUGUUCUACAUCCCUCCCGGCUCUACUACUCCGGUCCUGUCGUUGCAGCACAGCGGAUCCAAAGACUCCUCUCAGUCUCAGUUUGCUUCCUACUGGAAGCCCAUCCUCUCCAUGGACGCUAACUUCUGGCAGAGAUGGCUGCACAUGCAUCGCAUCGCUAUCAUCCUUGAACAUGACAUGCCUGUCCCCAAACACCUGCACACAGCUGGAAACAAUGGACGCUACAGCACCAUUCAGUGUCGUAUCUCGCACUCAGCCCUCACAUCACUGCUGCGGGACUGGAGCAGCUUCGUGCUGGUGGAGGGUUACUCGUAUGUUAAACUCAUAUACAGUUCUUCUGACCAGCCUCCCACAUCCUUCUACCUGGUCCGUCUCAUCUCCAAGACACCCUGCAUGGUGCUGCGUCUGGGCUUCCCCAUCGGCACACCAGCCCACGUUAGAAACAAGAUUGUGGAUGAGCUGCGAGAGCAGAUCCUCAAACUCCGCUUCCCUCACCGCGUUCAGAACAAAGAGGCGACUCCGAAAACCAAGAGGAAAAACGUCAGCCAUCCGUCGCCGUCCAAAUCUCCCUCCAUCCCUGCUCCCAAGCCCGCACUGUCAGACAGACCCUGUGUGGUGGUGCUCAACAAGCCUCUGGAGAAGCUGCUCAUAAGGUAUGAGAAGCUGCCGUUGGACUUCAGGACUCCGUUUAUUUUCAACAUGGAGAACUUUCCUCAGCCCUCCAACAGCACUGUGCCCCUCAGCAUGGCAGCCAACCGGACAGCUUCCUCCACCCUGGCCUCUCUGUCCCGUUACUUCCUGCACCAGCGUUGGGUGUGGGCCGUGCAGAGCAGCCAGGGAUCGACUGUGGCCAUGCAGGCUGUGGCUCACAUCCUGUCUAUGCUGUCUGAGAUCCGCCUGUCAGAAGGCUUUCACUUUGCUGCCAGUGGAGAGGGCAUCGUUAACAUGGUAAUCGAACUGCCGAUGAAGGGCAUGUCAGGGGACACGGACAGAGAGAGUCACUCUUGUAUUGUUCAGUACAUCCUGUUCCCACCUCACUCUACAUCGACUAAGGACAGCUUCUCCACUGAUGAUGACAACGACACAGAGGUGGAGGCUGUAGACUUGGACACGGAGCUGAACCUCGUGACAGAGUGCUGGGUAGAACCUCAGAGUGGCACAGUGAUGAACUGCAUGGACCAGCAUCGCCACUUCCAGGGCCUCAAGUACCAGGAGGUCCCUCAAGCAAUCUUUCCCAGGGAUCUGGCCUGUAUGUCCACCAUGAUGACCUUUGAGUUUCUGAGUCAACUGUGUCAGAAUAAGGACCAGGUCUGCUCACUGCCAGCUGGACUUAAGGACAUGAGAGGAGAAGCCCCGGCCUGUGAGGACAGCAUUCACAUGGUCCCUUUUCAGUUUGACCUCAUUCAGCUGCUCCCAAAGUGCCAGCAGGUCGAGCUCUUCUUCCUCACAUUCAGUACAGCAGUGGAGAAUGACGAGCAGGUACACAGCUCCACCUGUCUGCCCAACGAGCUCCUGCUCAGCCUCUUCCACAACAGCCUGGAGCACGAGCUCAGUGACCGAGAAAUCCCAUUGGCUGAUGGCGACCACGUCGCCUUCAUUCAUCACAUCUUGGAGCGAGAGCGAGACGGCCAUGUCGCUCCUUUUUCCUUACCUGUUAUUAAAGAGGAGUGUGUGAAGCCUGCAGACAGACAGGACAUGACGUCAUUCCACACCACCUGCAGCAGCAAAGAGGUGAUGGGAUCCACCAGCACCUUACAGAGUUUCAGUAAUGCAGACCUUGUGGAUGAAGAACCUCUGCUGGGGGAGAGGAACUGCUCCACGCCACAGUGGAGGUGCUAUGCCAAGUACAUCAACUCCCAGCAGAUCCUCCUCACCUUUCUCCCUGCUUCCUUCACAGAUGUUCUGAUGUUGAUGGCAUCGGGGUUGGAGCCUCAGAGUAAUGUCAGCACGCAGGAGGACGACACUCUGACUCCAAGCAACAAAUCUCAGGCGGACUCCCUGUCUGGCUCCACCAGUGGGAUGGAGAGGUCUGAGUCUGGCCUCAGUCUGGCCAGUAAAAUGCGAAGGAGCUCCAGCAGUGGACACUUCACCGCCAGGUCCCCUGUGCUUUCACCACGGUCUGAGAGCCAAACUGGGCCUGUUGACUCCCUGAACCUGGACCAGGACAGCUUGGACAGUAGAAUGUCUGAGACAGAGACCGGGACACCAGGCUCAGAUCUGGGAGAAAAAGAGGGAGUCCAGUUCUCUGAACCACAGAAGGCAGAUUUCCACAUCAGCUUCAGCAGGCAGGUUUCUCAGCAGAGUGCCAGUGACAGCAGCCAGUUAAAGUGUCCUGUCUACGUCUACAACUGCUCCCUGGAUCACCUGAAAGAGCAACUGGUACACCCCAACUCCAGCCACCAACCCAGGGACAUCUUCUUCAGAGCUCAAGAUGCUGAAUCCUGGGAGAUGAAUCAGCAGAUGAAGUUCAGGUCACUGUCUCAGGACCGCAGCAGUCCGUCCCCUUGGAUUGACCUCCUGGGUCAGCAUCACAAACACAAGGAGCUGGCCAACUACUGCAGCCUGCUUCAAGAGCAUUACCACCAGAGCUACGUCAGAGGUGUGUACCGCAGCCUGCAGCAGUCCUACAGCAUCAGCUCCCAGGACGUCCUGAUGGCCAUGGACUACUGUGAAGAAUCCCUGCAGGAGAUCGACGUCACCUCCUUCCUGCAUACCCUCUGUGGACACAUCAGGGUCUUCAGGGAGCACGGCGAGGGUCCGGGAUUCGGAGGGAGUCUAAAACCCUCUGCGACCCCUGCCACCUUUACAGUCGGAGAGGUGGAAGAGGACCAAGCAGACGACAGAGCCCCCCUGGCCUCCUCGUCUAGCGUUGACAUGGAGGAUGUCAGUGAAGCUGAAUCUAGAGGGAAGUCCUCUGCUCCUACAUCUCCACUCAUCCUGGAUGAGUCCAAGACAACCACGAUCCCGGAGUUCCCUCUGAUGCUGCUUCAGACGCAGCCCAAGUGUGAAGUGUAUCCAGACCUGCACAAAAUAAUCCAGGAUAAAUUCAUGGGGAUCGUGUCUCAGUACUUCAAAACUGUGCCCUCCAAUCCACACUACUUCUUCUACUGCCCAUCGUCAUCCAAGAGAGAGGAGGACUCCGAGGACGGUGAGGUCGGGAGGAGACCCAGCGAGGAGCUGGUGUCAGACGCUGAGCCAGCUACAGAGGACGAAAACGUGUUGAGCUGCUGCAUCAUGACGGAGAGUGACACAGAUCUGGUGGUGGAGUAUGAGGAGCAUCCAGGAGCCAGCUCACACGGAGAGGGAGAAGACCAGUCCCUGUCAGACUCCAACACUGUCAACCAGGACCAGGACUCCUUCAGCAUCCUGGAGGGAGACUCCUUGCUGGAGCCGGAGGGGCCUCAGUUGGACAUGCCGCCGCUGUUCGUUCACGUCACAUGUUCGGUCAAUAUGAAAAGCUGCCAUGGCUCCAUGCCCAUACAAACACUGCCCACCUGCCUCGGUGAGAUUAUUUCCUGUCUGGAGAAUGCUGAGGCCUUACAGUCUGUGGAUUUGAACGAACUCUCAGUCACCUUAGAUAUUUUUGUUCUGACACUACCUCUGGAGAUUGAAGUCAUGGCUGACUUCCAUCAUAACAGGUACACCUCAGAGAGCAGCGUGUCCCUGAAUCGUUCACCAGGACAGCCCUCCUCCUAUCGCUCUGAUGAGGAGCUGAUGGCAGUGCUGGACAGUCUGAGGGGAGCCUGUGUUGAUGGGGUCUCCGGUGAUUCUUUAUCCAAACUCCCAGUGCCUCACAAGUUAGCGAUUCUGGCUACAAUGGACGAGAUCCGCUGGCUGCUGGAAGACGAGAUUGUCUCCGCUCUGCGUCACUCUCGGGUCAUCAGCUCGGCCACGCUGCAGAAAGUAGCGGAGCAUGUGUUGCGCUCCAGCGGUCGACCUCACUGUCACUGCGAAGACGUCCCGCUGCAGUUUGUCUUCGGGCCUGAGCAGUCUCUGGAGAAAUUCAAAGAGGAGUUUCGCAGAAUGUCUUUCUCUGGAUACGUGCUGAACGGAGAACAGGACAACUUCUACUACAUGUCCCUGAGCAGACUGCACCCUCAGAGGAUCCAUGCCACCAAGAGGCUGUCUGAGAGCACUGCAGACCCCCCACAACAGACCGCCGCCUGCAGUGUCGCAGCACAGGUGGAGGAGGUGAUGCUGGAGAGUGAAGCAGAGGCUCAGGCAGCGGAGGCAGACAGCGAGAGCGAAGACAAGAAGUCCAUCAGCGCCGCUGCUGACACUCCCAGUGACUCAACUGCAGAAGCCAGUGAGCCAGCCAGAGCCUCAAGACCUGAGGCUCCUGACAACGUUUCUCAGAGUUCAUUUAGUAUGGCGGCGGACAGAGGGCAGCCCGGUACCCCUCAGCUCCAGCCUGAACGCUUCACGGAACCCAACUCACCCCCCAAGACACCGUCCAGUGUCAGCCUGGCUGAGUCCAUGCAGUCAGCCUCUCAUAGCUGUGGAAAGCUCAGGCCGAGUCGGGUCCAGAGUGUCGUCUCCAGCCAGGGCAGUCUGGACUCAGACAUGCAGGGUUAUGAUGGCGGCAGUAGUGACUCUGAGUGUGAGAGCCCCACCCUGGAUGAACAGGAGCGUCAGUCACCACUAAUGCCCGACUUCUGGCUGAUUGUUAAGAUAUACCAGGACAGAGUGAAGGUCUACUCACAUUCCAGGUGCUUCACAGAAGGGAAAGAGGUCGGUGCUGAGGAGUUGGAGAAGAAGGAAGAAGAUCAGGAACUGCAUCAAAUGGUGGUCAGGAAGAUCGGUGAAAUCUGCAGAAUAGUCAAUCAGCGCAUGCUGCUGCAGGACCUACACGACAGCCAUGUGUGUAACUCUCUGCUGGUGGCUGAGAGUGAAGAAGACAUCUGGAAGAACGAGUCUCUCUACAGGCAGAGGCUCAACAACUCCGAUGAUUACAACACAGAGGAGAGUUACCAGGCCAGAGACUACCUGGCAGCCACCAUGCAGUUCAUCCCAGGACAUUUUGCCUGUGACGUGGUGUGGAGCACAAUCAUCCACAUCCACCCACGCCUCAAGAUGGGACCCAACAUAGGGGUCUCCAGGGGUGAGUGGGCUAUCCAAGCCCUGCGGUCUGUGCUCAACUCUUUCUGCGUGGUCAACAGGAAAAACAUGUUUGUGUACCAGGAACGCACAACUAAAUCAGUCUUCUACCUCAGACUCUGUGAAAUGUCACUAACCGGGAAAUACUCCGACGUGGAUGGAAAUCUCCACAGUCGCUCAAUCGCGCUUGCCAGGAGUCAAGAGCCCCUGAUCUCCGAUGACAUUAUGGGCUCCAGGUCUUCUCUGGACAGCUCUCGACCAGUUGGCCAAGUAGACAAGCACAUCCUGCUGCUGGUGCAUGGAGUAGGAAACGCAGGUCCAGAGAUCACGGACGAGCUGGUUAAGGUGCUCCGUAAACGCCUGGAUGAGACCACAUUGGACAUCAUCACUGUCAUGCUUGUCAGGAACUGCAAGCUGACACCGGCCGACGUAGAGUUCAUCCAGCCAUCUGGAUCUCCUGCCACUGAGGUGAUGAACUUCAGCCUCCCACAGUACUGUCUUCCCUGCCUGCCUGCUGUGGCUCACUACCUCAGGCAGAACCUCCUCAUCUUCCUGCAUGUCCCAAAAUACACUGACAGCAACACAGCACACCACUUCAAGCACUACUUUCAUUUGAGCAGCGACUUGGCUGACGGUGAUAUCUACCUCUACAAUAAACCUGGAGGCCAGGGGACAGGAGGCAAAGGUACCAUGUCGGAGCUGGUUCAGCAACUCUUCCCACCUUCUCAGUUUAAAGGUAUUGCCUGCAUCACCCUGUCAUUUGUCGACACCCACGGCCGUCCCCUUCAGGUUCCAGCUCAGGACUGUGCCGGACUGCAGAGAUCAGAAAAUUGCACCAUCCCCCUUCAUCCAGAUCAUUUCGAUGAGCUGACCACUGUGGGUAAAGUGUACUCCAUCAACGUCAGCUCAGGUUCAGAGCCACAGCUGUAUGUGCGCUUCGACAUCUGGGAGCAAGGCAAUGUCAGCCCCUUACAGCUGAGUGACAAACUACAGGGGGCGCUGCGCCACGCUCUGUGUGACGUCGUCAUGGAGCUGAGAGUCUUACCGAAUCCCCUCUGCGUCGGGGGGCCGUGCCCGGCAACCAAAGCUCAGAGAGAAGAGGCUAAAGAACUCUUAAAUCCAUUGCCUGAGGUGAGAGAAGUGAAGGACAGCCACAGGCAGCGCAGCGGAUCACGGGUCUUUAAAAGCAGCCCUUCCCCCAUUACCUUGACGCAAGCCGUUGGGAACACGUCCAUGACGGGGACCAGCACACCAGAGUCCACCACACCCACCAGCAAGAGCACCCGCAGGAGCUUCUGGGACAUACUGAGUAAGCCUGACUCAUCGGAGCUCGGGAGCCCAAAGACAACUGACGACAUAGUGCAAGAAAAAGGAGAGGAGGGCCGAGCGGCACGACGAAGACACAAAACGGAGAAUGUAAAACAGCAGUGGAGUCAAGAGAAAGCUAUGGCUGUGGAGCUGGAGCAGGCCCAGAGGCGGCAGGUGUCUCAGUUGGAGGAAGGAGACGUGGGCACCCUACACCACAUCUACCAGGUUACCUUCCAGCCGUGGAUCACUUUCAUGGCUAAACUUGGCUGCUCGUCCAUUCAGCAGUGCACGGCUGAAAUUGCUUCACACUUCCUGCUGCCUUCCAUCUUGGCAGAGAUUGUCAAUUUGGUCAGUUCUCUGGCCAGUGACACAACAGUGAAGGCAUUUGAAAGGAGAAGCUGUCCCACAUCUGGGGACAUCUUUGUACCGUUCCCUCUUGUCCAGAACCUCAUCCAGCCUCCGGGCACUACAAGGAGCUUCAUCCUCGUUGGCCGCAACUUCCACCAGUGGCACUGUAGCACAGAGCAAGAAGACAGUUCAGAUGAGGAAAACACCCCAGUGCUAAAUAGGUUCACACCUCAUAAGGGCUUCCAGCGCUUCGAGGCUCUGGAGCAGAGUGAUUGGUUCAGUCCCAGCCAGGCCGGGGCAGGACUGGCACCCCGCCAGAGGUUCCUCUUCAUCAGUAUCCUGGACAAAAAGGUGACUCUGUACAGCUAUAACUGGUCUGUAGACCUCGGCGCCUCUCUGAAUCGGGAACUAGUCCGCCUCGUUAAGUGGCAGAACGCGAGGGCUCAUGUCGUCCACUGCCUGCUCAACCAGAAGAUGGGCCUCUUCCAUCACUACUGCUUCUCUGAUGCACCCAUCCAUGAAAUGGACUCCAAGCAGGAUCCCAACCCAUUCCUAAGCCCCUCCAUGGAACCCGAUGCGUUGCUGCGUAGUGCAGUUCCUCCUUUGCCCAGUAAAGAGCAGGGCAGGCUGAGUAGCUCUGGGCGAAGUCUUGCUCCUCUUCACUUCCCCUCUGAGCUGCUUCCCUUCGACGAGGCUCUGAGGGACGUCUGCACAAUCCGACCCUUGAUGGAGGGCGAUGCGGUAGCCCGGCAUGGCGGCCAGCUCUUGGAUAUCAAAGCUGCUGAGCGGAGAGAAAUGGAGAAGCAGAUGAAGAUCGAGAACCUGUUUGUAACUUGGCAGCAGAGGUCAGCACAGUCCAACAUGCCCAUUUCAGGGACAGAUUUGGAGACCUUGAAACAUUCAUCCAGGCUGGUCCACUACUGCGCCACCCCUCUCCUCUUUGACCCCGUCUUCCGCAAACAGAUCCAAGAGGAGCAGAUCGUUCAGCCUCCAGUGAAGAAACGGCAUCGCUCCAGCGACUCCACGGCUUCAGGUCGGGACCGAAGCUACAGCACUGACUCAGCUGACAUGCUGCCCAGCCGACUGAAGGAAGAACCCUGGCUGCUUGAGAUUUCCAGCACCUUCCUCCAGCAGUACGUUCAGUACCUGCAGAGCAUGGGCUUCAUUCUGGUCCAGGUCCGGCCUCAGUCUCCAGCUCGCAGCAUCGCCCGGGCUCGCGCUGCCAUGCUGAGCUCCAUGUCAUCGGAAGGGAGGAUGUCUUUUUCUUAUGUAAAGCAAAAGAGUGAGGACAGUCCUAAGACGACAGCAUCUGGCCCGACUGCUUAUCACCUCCAGAGGGCGCUGCCAGGGGGGAUCGUGUUGAUGGAACUGGCUUUUCAGGGGUGUUACUUCUGUGUGAAGCAGUAUGCACUGGAGUGUUCCCGCAUUCCCAUGGGCCAAACAGUCAACUCACAGGGCAGCCUCCUCACCAAACCUCGUUGCAAGCCGUUCCCAGAUGCCACCCCAGUAUCUGACUGUGCGCUCUCUAUGCUCUUCACUGAGGAGUGUGAUAAGGUGCGGGACCUGAUGCACGUUCACUCCUUCAGCUACGACUUCCACCUGCGAGUGGUUCACCAGUACCUGGUCGGCUGCCACAUGACACUACGCCAGGGCUACCAGCUCACCGACUUCCUGGACGACUUCAUCUCCCAUCACCCAGACAUUCCCAAGUUUGGCCGAAACCACGUCUUCCAAGGGAGCUUCUCCAUCUCCACGGGGAUGAUAACGGCUCACCAGCUGUACAACUACAUCACCGACCACGCCAGCACCUACGGCAUGAAGCCGCUCCGCAUGUCCAAGGCUACAGUCACCAGUGACAGCAAGAAAGGGGCACCUGACUUGCACGAGUACGCACUGGUGGCUCUCUGGAACAGUUCGGGCUCUUACAAAGAUCUGGAGGGCCUGCACCACCACGAUGACUUCGACGUGUCCCUGGUGGUGUGCCAUAAUGCAGCUCCAUUUGAGGAACAGUCAGACGGGGAGAGGCACUUGCUGAGGUUGCGCUUCUAUGUGAUCAUGACCAGUCAGAGAGAGCUCUUCCCCCGCCUCACUGCUGAUAUGCGCCGUUUCAAGAAGCUUCCUCAGAUCCACCGUGACCCCGGUGAGCUGGGAGGCCGUCUCCCCCCAGAUCGAGCAGAGGCCUGCGGGUCACGCGGCGCCGAGCAGGACCUCUGGGAGGACACGUCAUCCGAAGCUGCAGUUGCCUUGGCCCCCAGCGAUGGCAAUGAGUUUUACCCUCUGGCAGUUGGUGGACCAGAGGCUCAGGGGCUGCUUUACCCCUCUCCCCUGUUCCCUCUGCUCAACAAUGAGGUGGCGUCAGCCCGCAGACAGAUCCAGGCCAGCGUGGAGCAGGCCAUGGGUCACUGUCGCAGGGAUAACCUGUGGAGGAGGCUGUUCCAUGGAGAGCACCUGGCGCUGGACAAACUGAAGCUGACCAAGCUGUCGUUCAGCGAGCUGGAAGAGCUGCUGGAUGCCGUGCAGAGCCGCUCGGUUGGGGAGAUCGACCCGCAACUGGACUGUUUCCUGACCAUGAGUCCAGCCUGGUACCAGAGUCUGAUCAAAGUCCUCCUGAACCGCUUCCCCCAGAGCUGCAGGCACUUCGACGACAAGGGCAUCCAAUAUCUGGCUGUUCUCAACCAGAAGUUCACUGACUGCUUUGUUUUGGUCUUUCUGGACACCCAAGCUGGAAAAACAAGUCUAAAGGUCGUGUUCCGGGAGCCGCUGCCGUCACAGACGCAGGCCAGCAGCAGUCCUCCUCCUCAGCUGGUGUCCAUGUAUCAUCACCUGGAGUCUGUCAUCAACACGGCCUGUUAUAACCUCUGGACGGGACUGUUAUAGAGCUGAGUGUUACCUAAACUUAUGUGAUCCUUGGAAACAGGAAGCGAUGGUAGAGGAACAGAACACAGGAGGUCAUUUGGGGAAAAUCUCCCAGCAGUGGAGGAGCAGCAUGUUUCUGUACUUAUUUAAAGGCCUGCAGCUUACAGGACGUGUUUACUAGAAGUGUUUACAGCUCAGAGAAUUGAUGGCCAACAGAAAAAGACUGGAGAUCCAGGCAAAAAACUCAAACCUGAAUGGACUAUCUGCCCGCACACUGUGUGCCAUCUCUUUUCCUUUUUUCAAGCAGUGUAGAGUUCUUGCAUCAGUUCACCUCCUCAGCCCCAAAACAAUCGGAAAAAAUCUUUAAAUGGCUCCAAAGUGGUACACAGAAAACCUCCAUUAGCUGGUUCAGUAUCCUCAAUCCUCUGAUGUACUUAGGCAUUCAUGUAUGCAGUAGAACCAGCCCAUAUAUCCUGUGUUACUCCAGAGCGUCAGUUCUGUGCAGGAAUUAACGCGACACAUCCACAAGAUGGAAUGUUAAAAAGAAAUCAAUCACAAGCAUUCACUGAGUGCUGCGUCACUUUUCUCUGUGAACAUACGAAGUGCAAAAUCUGUAAAAAACUGCCGACAGUGAAGCUCACUGAGCCAGGCUAACUGAUGAAUGAGCAGGGUUUCCCUCAGUGUGUUACAGUGUUACAGUGGGGGCACAGCGCCUCUGCUAACAUCAGAACAAAUAUACACAUUUAUAAAACAUAAUAUUAAGCUGCAAGGAAAAUUAGCUCUGCUAAAUAAAGCUGCCCAGACACCAUCUGUUGUGUUAAGUUAUAUAAUCAGCAUUUCACGCCGUACUGACUGGACAAGAAGUGAAGUGAAGGAGAUGUGACUGGCAGGUUAGAUUCUUAUUUCUGUUUCCUGUGUGCAUUUGCCAAAAGACAGAGAAAGAAAUCAUGUAAAACAAUCAAAGUUGAUUCUUUUUUCAUAUGGAGAUCAAAUAUUCCAGUCACCCAUUAGAAAUUCCUGUUUGACCCACUAAGCCACCCCGACGUUCUUUGGAUCACGACCAUCCUUUUUUCUCCAUUUAUUUGAACCAAAACAAUGUAACAAAGUACGUAGUGUUUCUUGGCAUGUUUUCGGGUAUCUCUGGCAUAAACAGACAAACCUCAGGCAUUAGUACAGAAUUCCCAGGUCAGUUUUGUCCAGUAACACUUCCAGUAAAGUUCACAAGACGAAAAAGAGAGAAAGAAAGAGUUUAUUCGUACAAGUCUACCGUGAAUGUAAAGUAAAAAGAACUGGAACACACAGGCAAUAUGAUGUCUGUUCUGCAGAGACAGCAGCCGAAGCCAUAACAUUACAUUUAACAUGCUUCUUUAGUAAUAUUUAAACAAGUUUACUAGUACAAAACCAGGAGAGAAAUCAGACCACUGGACUGAUCGAAGUAACUGCAAGGAGACGACUGAAAUUUCUGACUGAAUUCAACUGUCCAUCGAAGAGCCAGAUUGUUGAUAGUUCAAACAAUUAAGCAGGAGUCAUGACUACAAACUGAACGACAAAUGAAAAAGGCUCCUCGUCCCAUGGUGAGGACAGUCAUUUGCCGAUUAAAGACACAUCUUGCGUCAUCAAACCAAAAUCCAAAUUUUGCACAGUCCGUAGACUUGUAGCAGUUUGAUUUGAACUCAACCUGCAGCUGAGAGGGGUUUACAAAGUCUGGACCAGACACCCCUUUGGGUUGGGUCCUCAGGGUUUUCAGGGAUCAGGUCUGUCUGAAGACCUUUAGCACAGAGCCUUUUCACUGUUUGACUUUGACCAUCCUGAACUAGACGAGAAAAACGUGUAGAUGAGUAGAUGUCCGUCUCUUUGGUGUCGUGUCAUGAGCGGAAUGCUUCUGGGCUGGUGGAUCAGAACCUGAGAGAAGAAGGUGCUCUGACCUGUUUGUAUCAGUGGGGAAGACAUUUAUCCACUGUAUUUAUCUCAUCACUUUAAAUAUGUAUUAGCAGUUGUGAUGCUGAAACGCAGUGCGAGUCGGUCAUAAGCAACCAAUGAUGAAGCCUACUGGCUGCACGAGGUUUCCGCUCCACAGCUUCAUGAAAAGGUCUGAGCUCUCUUGGAUCUUGUGCCUUCUUGUAGCAUUUUGCUAGCUCUUCAUACCGCAUCAGUGUUCCAUAUGAGUGAGAGUCAGCUGAGCUGUCAGUGCUUUUAUGUUUUCACAAGUGUCAAACCUCUUACUCACUUGAACCCCACUGCCGUAUCUGGUGUCCCAAAGUGCCUUUUUCUGUUUAUUUAUCCCUCCUCCUUUCUUUUUUUUCUAAAUUCCCAAACCUAUGAAGUGAUACUGUUGUCAUUCCAUCAGCUCUGCAUAGAAGAUCUUUGGAAACACACACUCCUGACGUUAUGCAGUGAAAGUGCCUAAGUGGGUUUGGAGAAUGUGACAAAAAUUGCCUUUUAUAGGAAAGAAAAUGGGUCAUAUUAACUUUGAUGAUUUGCAUAAUAGCAUGCCACAUGUCAUCAGCGCUGAGUGUUUUCCAAAGCAUGUUCGGAGCGAUGAGUUUGACUUGUGCAUUCUGAAACGCCGCGGCUGGUAAUCACACCUCAAUUUACACAAGGGCAGGAGCCAGCCUCAAACAAGAGCGUGUCAUCGCAACACGAAGGCUCGAUGUUCAUCGCGGCGCCGUCAUUAAUGACAUACUGAGCAGCCUUAGAUUUUUUGACACGCUGUCACAGGAAGGAAACCAAAAACAUGUUUGAGCUUCCUCAUGGAUGUAAAAUGAAGAAACGCUGAGCGGCGCUGUCAGCGCUCAGAGGAUUCAGUCUGAAUGUUAAACACUGGAUAUCCAUCAUGCAAAAUGUGAAGUGUAACGAGUAAGCCCUUAGCAUUUUGACUCUGUAAUAUAAACACUGCAAUGUCUCUGACUGUAUAAUGUAUAUUAUGUAUAUACAGAACACUUUAUACAGUAUGUGAAAUGCUUAAUAAAGCAGUAGGAUGAAGGUGAA